AUGGAUCCUUCAAAGAUUCUUGUUUGGAACAUACGGGGUCUGAAUUCCUCAACUCAUCAAGACUCUGUUCGAAUGUUGGUCCAGUCCAUUAGAGCUGACAUAGUCUGCCUUCAAGAAACUAAGAUGGAAGGCAUAUCUCAGUGGUUUGUUCUAUCUACUCUAGGUCUAGCUUUCUAUCAUUUUGUAUUCGUACCAUCAGUGGGUGCUAGUGGAGGGAUACUUGUUGCAUGGAAGCAAGCUCUUGGCACUGCUGGGAAUUUUUGGGUGGACAAUCAUUGUGCUUCUGUCCAAUUUCUACCCAUUGACAGCGAACCAUGGUGGCUCACCUGUGUGUAUGGGCCACAAGGGAAUGAGGAGAAGAUCAAUUUCUUACAAGAACUCCGCUUGAUCCGCACUCAUUGUCAUGGCCCAUGGAUGGUAGUCGAGGAUUUUAACCUCAUCUAUAGGGAGGAAGAUAAGAACAAUGCCAAUCUCAACCGUGCUAUGAUGUGUCAUUUCCAUCAGGGCCCUGGAUGA